AAUGGAGAUAUUACAUUAUUCAGGUUCAGUUUAUGAUGAUGAAAGGGAUAUGGUUGUUGAAAAUGAAUUUGAACCUGGAUUUUAAUUAUUGUAUGUUGAAGUAGAUUGGUCCUAGCACUGUAAUCGAUAUUUAACAGUUUCUUGUUAUGGUUCUAAAUCAGUUUAAUUUUCUGAAUUGUAAUUUGAACCAAGUCAAACAAAACAAAUAAUUGAUAAUAUUUUUAAUGGAUUUUUAAGAGUGGUUUUUGAAAUAUUACCUGGACAAUCAAAACUGAUUUAAUUACAAUCAAUUGAUCCAACUAAAGGAUACUCAUUUAAAUAAUAUAUAUCCUCUAUCUUUAAAUGA